UUAACAUAGCAGAAUCGUUGAUUGCUGUUGCCAUUGCCAUUGCCAUUGCCAUCAUGCAUCGCCCAGCUUCUAUGUUCGUGUUGCUCGUCAUCACCUGCGGCCGGUUCUUCCUCGCCACGCAUGCCCAGCAGCAGCCCCAGCCACCUGCUGGUGGUAGCACUGCGAGCGUGAGCUGCCUCCCGCACGAGAGGGACGCACUGCUGGCCUUCAAGCACGGCCUCACCAGCGAUCCUGCGGGACUCCUCAGCUCGUGGCGGCGAGAUGGUGGCCACGGCGAGCAGGAUUGCUGCCGGUGGAGAGGCGUCCGGUGCAGCAACCGGACUGGCCACGUCCACAAGCUUCGACUUCGCAACACCGGCAGAGAAGCUUUGGUUGGCCAGAUAAGUCCUUCUUUGCUUGCUCUGGAACAUCUGGCGUACCUUGAUCUCAGCAACAAUGAACUUGAGGGGUCAACCGGUCGUCUUCCCGAAUUCUUGGGUUCUCUGAAGAGCCUCAAGUAUCUUAACCUCUCCGGUAUACAUUUUCGCGGUGGCCUGCCUCCCCAGCUUGGCAACUUAUCAGAGCUGCAGCAUCUGGAUCUUUCCUCUACGGGAGGCACAAACUCAACUGAUCUCUCAUGGUUAACACGUCUUCCUUCCAUACGAUAUCUUAACCUCAACGGAGUGAACCUCAGCACAGCAGUGGAUUGGGCACAUGUCAUGAACAUGAUUCCUUCUCUGAGGGUCCUUUAUAUUUCCAGGUGCUCUCUUGCAAGCGCAAACCAGUCGCUGCCACACCUCAACAUCACAAACCUUGAGGAGCUGGAUGCCUUCGGAAACUCCUUCAACCAUCCAUUGGAGACCAGCUGGUUCUGGAACAUAACAAGCCUCACGUACCUUAACCUCGGCUACACUAGUUUGUAUGGUCGAAUUCCGGACACACUGGGAGACAUGGCAUCCCUGCAAGUCCUUGAUCUUUCAUAUCGUAACGAUGAUGACAAGAACAUGCGCAUCAUGACUACAGACAUGAAGAAUCUAUGCAAUUUGGAGGUCCUGAAUCUUCGUUGGGCUCUAUUUUAUGGAGACAUAACUCAGCUGUUUAGGAAUCUGCCUCGCUGCUCGCCGAACAAAUUGCAGGAUCUGGACCUCAGUGGGAACCAGUUAUCUGGGAUGCUACCAAGAUGGAUAGGGCGGUUAACGAGCUUGGUCCUUCUGGAUCUCGGUUAUAACAACAUCACAGGACCUCUCCCAACGUCUGUAGGGCAAUUUACUGGUUUGCGAACCCUUGACCUUUCUUUCAACCACCUGACUGGACAUGUUCCAUAUGAGAUUGGUAUGCUCACUAAUCUGACCUCACUGCAACUAAACAAUAAUGACUUGGAUGGUGUGAUAACGGAGAAACACUUUGCUAGCACGAGGAGCUUGCAGUACAUAGACUUGUCUUAUAAUGCUUAUAAUGCCCUGAAGAUUGAGCUCAGCUCGGACUGGCAACCACCAUCUAGACUAACUAGUGCAUACUUUGCAGCCUGCCAGAUGGGCCCUACGUUUCCUGGAUGGCUUCAAUGGCAUGUGAGCAUUACCAAUCUCGAUAUCUCGAGUGCAGGCAUAGCUGAUAGGCUUCCACAAUGGUUCUCCGAUGCCUUUACAAAUGUUAAACGCUUGAACAUCUCCAACAAUCAACUCAGCGGAGGAUUGCCGACCAAUAUGAGCUAUAUGUCACUUUCAGAACUCUAUCUCAGUUCCAACCAAUUAACUGGUCAGAUACCCACAAUGCCACCAAACCUAACCAUCUUGGACUUAUCUGAUAAUUCCUUGUCAGGGCCUCUGCCCGCUGAGAUUGGAAACUCAAAUCUAAUGGAGCUGUCUCUUUUCUCCAACCAAAUAACUGGCCAUAUUCCCGAAUCUUUUUGUAAAUUAUGGUUGGCUGUGCUAGACUUAUCCAACAACUUUUUGGAGGGAGAAUUGCCACCAUGCCUCGGGGUAAUGGAAGAUAUGGAAUUUAUGGCCUUAAGCAACAAUAGUUUUUCAGGAGAGUUCCCACCUUUUGUGCAAAACUUUACAAGUGUGCUAUUCUUAGAUUUGGCUAGGAACAAAUUUUCUGGAAGAUUGCCGUUAUGGAUUGGAAAAUUGAAGUUAUUAAGAAUUCUACGGUUAAGUCACAAUAAGUUCUCCGGGAACAUUCCAGUGAACAUCACAAAUCUUGAUUGUCUUCAGUAUAUAGAUCUAAAUAACAAUGAGAUAUCAGGCUCUUUGCCGAGCUACCUGUCAAAUCUGAAAGCAAUGAAAAAGACAGACAUGACAAGGGUGUGCUACGAGGAUGAUAUAAAACACUUUCAUCUUAUUAGUUUGCUUUCAGUCUUGAAGGGGAAGGAAAUGAACUACGGUUCCAUUAGUAGAGUUUUUGACACGAAUAUGGUGAGCAUUGAUUUAUCUUCAAAUAAUUUAAGAGGCGAAAUUCUAGAAGAAAUAACCACUCUUGAUGCGCUAGUGAAUUUGAAUUUAUCAUGGAACCACUUCAGCGGAGUUGUUCCAAACAAGAUUGGGGAAAUGCAAUCGCUGGAAUCACUCGACCUCUCAAGGAACAAUCUUUCAAGGGAAAUACCAGCCUCUCUGUCAAAUCUGACAUUCUUAAGUUACUUGGACUUGUCGUACAACAAUCUUACAGGAAGAAUUCCAUCAGGACAGCAGCUUGAUACCCUGUAUGCAGCAAACCCAUCUAUGUACAUUGGUAACAUUGGUCUUUGCGGGCAUCCUCUUCAAAACAAUUGCUCGAGGGAAGGUGAUGCAUCAAAGCAAGGUCGCCUAGGAAGAACUGAAGAAGGUCAUGGGAUAGAAUUCUUUUAUCUUGGACUUGGUUGUGGCUUCGUAGUUGGUACCUGGGUGGCAUUUGGUGUUCUGUUGUUCAAGAGAAGCUGGAGAAUUGUUUACUUCCAGCUCCCGGACAAAUUGUAUGACAAAAUUUAUGUCCUUGUUGCUACAUGGACAAGACAACCACAAACUGGUUACCAUGAAGAUGAAGUGGACGCAAUGAUUGCUUCGACUAAAUUUAGCCAAGGGUUGCAUGAAUAAAUGGAAGCGGAGAAGUCUGUUCACUGCUUCGACUUAUGUUACUAUUACAUAUUGCUGGUUUUCUUUUUUUUCUCAAAUGAAAUGUAAUAUCGUUGUUAUAAGUCCUGCUCCCACCCACAUUCUUUGGGGGCAAGAGUUGUGUGAUAUUAUCUUUAUGAGAUGGUGAAUGGUAUAUUUUAUUAAGCAGCUACCAAGAGCCGGAACGCCAAAAGCCCAAAAUGGCACAACUUAAAUGCAGGGUCAGGGUGUAGGCAUGCAGUAGCAGUUGCCAAUUGCCGCCAUCCCCUGUAAAACUUUCGGCAAUAAUAUUACUAUUACUAGUGGAGGAGUG